AACUGAAAGCAGGGGAGGGCGGCGAAGGGGAGAGGGAAGAGUGCCGAGCCGAGAGCAAGGUUACACGUGAGAGCAGUCCAGAGAACGAAAGUAAGAGAGACGGAGGAGAGAGAGAGAAUAGCAGGACAGGUACGCUGGCGUGGAUUAUGGAGUUGAGAAGGUUUCAGUCUUACUUCACAAGUUAAUUACCUGUUGCUCACUGGAGGACAAGAACAAAGAAAAGUGGAGAACAAAGAAAGAGUAAACUAAGGGCAACGGAGAAAGAGAGAGAGGCAUAGGGGGAAACCAGGGGUAGAGGGCGACAGCGAGAGGGGGGAACCAUGGGUAGAGAGAAAGGGAAGGACAAAAGUUGAAUGUUGACAGAGGGAGUGUGGAUAUUAAUCGGGAGAUAAACAAAAAGGAGGAGAGAGAGAGAAAAAACAAAUAGAUACACAUUGACAGAAUGGACUGGACUUCAAUGAAGCACUGACAUCAGCAAAAUAAAGGGGGAGAGAAAGAGAGGUCACUGCAGUAGGUGCUGUCACUGUAGUUCCUUAAGCACGCUUACUAUGCAACAGGAGAGUUAGGACACGCAAAGACAGACAGACGUUCACUACACGAUUGAACCAUGUUGAUGAAGGAGUAUAGAAUAUGCAUGCCACUAACUGUGGAAGAGUAUAAGAUUGGGCAGCUGUACAUGAUCAGUAAACACAGUAAUGAGCAGAGCGGAGGAGGGGAGGGAGUGGAGGUGGUGAGGAACCAACCAGACACACAUCCCCAACAUGGCCUGGGACAGCUCACUGAGAAACGCAUCUACCUCAAUAGUAAACUGCCAUCCUGGGUGAGUGUGUUUGUCCCCAGGGUCUUCUAUGUGACAGAGAAGGCCUGGAACUUCUACCCUUACACCAUCACAGAGUACUCAGUCUCCUUCCUUCCCAAGUUCAGCAUCCGUAUUGAGACCAGGUUUGAGAACAACAAUGGUGACAACAAUAAUGUAUUUGGAGACAGGCCCACCCCUGCAGAGAGCGUGAGCCACCUGGAUAUCCUCAUUGACCCCAUCCCUGACAAACACUACAAGGAGACAGAGGACCUGAGCCGCUGGGUGUCUGAGAAGACGGGCCGAGGCCCCCUGGUGGAAGGGUGGCGUAAGGACAGCACCCCCAUCAUGUGUUCCUAUAAGAGGGUGCAGUGCAGUUUCGAAGUCUACGGCUUCCAGGGAAAGACUGAGGACUUCAUACACAGGAACAUCCAGGACAUCCUACUGGUGGGGCACAGACAGGCUGUGGCCUGGACAGACGAAUGGCAUGGGAUGAGUUUGGAGGAUGUGAGAGAGUAUGAGCGGCAGAUACAGGAACAGACCAACAGCAAACUCAAAUCAACCCAGAACAACAACACAGCCCCUCGUCCGGCGUACUCGCGCUCUAUGUCCGUCACAGAUGAGCGCUCUCUGAAGAAGAUGGGAGUGAAGACUAUGGCCAUGUCAGACCCCUCCACCUCCACACUGCCUCAAAGCACUGUCCGCCUUAACUCCACCCCCGAGUAACACACACACGUUCAUACUGAUGCAUCAAUUCCUGCCUGCUUAAACCCCUCCGUGACAGUAACUACACUGCAGCAGUUCCUUUUUGUUUUACGGCCAUCCACCACAGACACAUUUAACCAGUAAAGCUACACUGUCCACAGAAGCAGCACUUAGAGCGCUCAGGUCCUACCCCUUUCUCCAGCUGUAACUAUAUAACCCAACCCCCUGUCCUACCCCUUUCUCCAGCUGUAACUAUAUAACCCAACCCCCUGUCCUACCCCUUUCUCCAGCUGUAACUAUAUAACCCAACCCCCUGUCCUACCCCUUUCUCCAGCUGUAACUAUAUAACCCAACCCCCUGUCCUACCCCUUUCUCCAGCUGUAACUAUAUAACCCAACUCCCUGUCCUACCCCUUUAUCCAGCUGUAACUAUAUAACCCAACUCCCUGUCCUACCCCUUUAUCCAGCUGUAACAAUAUAACCCAACCCCCUGUUCUUGAGGUUGCAUCCCAAUAUUACACUUUAUAUACAUGAAAGUAGACUGAAAUAUUACAAACUGUUUGACAUAGAAAGACCAAUUUUCGGCAGGUACAAAAAAAAUGAAAUGAUGAAUAACAUUCCACCCAUGAGGCCUCUAGGUAAUUUGACUUCAGGAAAAGGCUACUAGAGUGGAUAUAAUGGUAGGGGAGAGCCGUGGAUCCACAGAGCCCCCCCCCCAUCCCAUUGGUCAGACUGGGGUUAUUGAUCCGGUGUAUCGAGGCGCUGUAUUGGCUGCUUGAUCGUUCUGCUCCAUGCAGCAAAUGGCUGAAACAGGGCUAACCUUCACUGAUGAGUCAAUAGGAUGGCUGUUUUAAACAUGAUUAACUUCUGAUCUAUGGUAAUGGCUGCAACAUGACCUCUGUACAGGCUGUGGAAUAAUCUGACAUACAGGAUGAAUAUAAUGUAUAACUAGUUUUAUAUUGACACAUUAUACAUAUACUGUAUAUUUGGCUGUUUAGUCUAUUGUAAUGGAAGUCCAUUGUCAGCUAUGUACCUCUUGUAUGAAUGAAUAAAAGCCUUUAUCUCCUGUA